AUGGCCCGCGUCCCGGAAAGCAUCGAGACGAAGAAGCAGCUCUCCUUGGUCACAUCAGAGACUGCCCAUACGCUGCAAGCCGCCCAUCUGGAGCCUGACUUGCAUCGCAAUGUCGCUUCAAGAGACAUUGCCGUUGGUGACAUCGUUCUCGUGGGCAAAGGAGAGGUUUUUCCGUGCGACCUCGUCCUCUUGCAUUCCGCUUUAGAAGGCGGUAUUGCCUAUGUGUCUACAGCAAACUUGGACGGUGAGUCCAAUCUAAAGCGCGUCAUUGUCACCUCAGCUACCGCUGAAAUCGAACAUCCUUCUCAGCUUCCUCCCGUCAAGGGCAAGAUUAGAGCUCAAAGGCCUUCCACUUCUCUGCACGAGUUUGAAGCCUCCAUUGAACUGAGCGGCGAGGGCCCUGUCCCGCUCGGCCUGUCGUCGCUGCUGCUCAGAGGAAGUAUCUUGAGAAACACCGAGUACAUUUAUGGUAUUGUUGUGUACACUGGAUUUGAUACUAAAGUUGCACUAAACAUGCGCAACCACCCAAGCAAAAUGAGUUCUGUUGAGCGCAAACUUAACUGGGUCGUCCUUAUGCUGUUAAUUGCCCUCGCUACCCUCGUCAUCACAGGCGCAAUUGUCGCUGGAGUCUUACAAAACAGGGAUGGUGCCGGCCAGUGGUACAUGGGGGAGAAUGCUUUGAAUUCUGGUGGCAAAGUCACUUCCCAAAGCCUGGGCACGUUUCUCAUUUUGUUUUCUAUCUUUAUCCCGGUUUCGCUUUUCGUGACCUUCAAAUUUAUUCGGGUUCUCCAAGCACUAUUCAUGUCUGCUGAUUUCUGGAUGAGAACUGGACGGCAGAAGGUCUUGGCAAGAGCGACCAAUCUGAAUGAAAUGCUUCGCGAGAAAAGAGCCAUGCAUCGCGCUGUCAAAGAUGGUGUCGAACCUGUGAAGCAACUUUUGCUAGUAAUGGCUCUCUGUCACAGCGUCACGGCUGUGCUAGAUGGAAACAGCUCAGAAAAGGCACUUCUAGAAUAUCAAGGGCAGAGUCCGGAUGAGGUUGCAUUAGUUACAUUGGCAAGAGAAUACGCGAUCACUCUUAUGACGCGAACCAUUGACACACUCUUGCUCAACAAAGACGCGAACAUAGAAUUGAUUCAGAAUCAUAUUGACGAGUUUGCGAAGGAAGUUCUACAAGCACUUGUGUUUGAAAUGAAAGAGUUGGAGGAGAAGGACUUCCAAACUUCGUUUGAACGGUUCCAAGAGGCGCAAAAUUCUUUGGAGAACAGGGAAGAGAAGAAUUCAAAGAUUAGCGCUGAACUCGAGGAGGAUUUGAUGUAUGUCGCCACGACUGCUGUAGAGGAUAAGUUGCAAGACAAAGUGCCGGAGACUAUCAACUUUCCGCGCGAAGCAGGGAUUAAACUGUGGGUGUUGACUGAUGACAAGAGAGAAACGGCUGAAAACAUUGCAUAUUCAGCGAACUUGCUUGAUAGGAACAUGGAAGUGGUGCAUAUUGCAGGUAGCUCAUCCGCAGAGGUGCAAAGACAACUUAAUGACACUCUCGACCGUCAUAAGAAAAAAGUGGAAGAAAAAGAGGUUGGUGUGAUCAUUGACGGGGCUUCUCUGCACCACGCGAUUGAGGAUCAUUCAGAUGUAUGCAUGGCGUUGUCCGAUCAUACGAAGGUUGUGAUCUGCUGUCGUCUGACGCCGCUACAGAAGGCAUUGGUGGUACGAUUAAUGCGGGAAAAGAGAAAAGCGAUGACUUUGGCUAUUGGAGAUGGUGGAAACGACGUGUCGAUGAUUCAAGAUGCGCUGCCAUAG